GAGAACUCCCUCUAUCCUGCCCCCUUUCCCGCUCCGUCUACCGGCACGGCUUGGCUGCGUUAGCGAGCACCGGGGUUAAUGCACCAUCCAAUGCAUCUUCGCUCUGAAAAUGGCUGCAUCCACCCCUAUUUUACCUCGUGUGUUCUGGCCCAAAACCCUUUUUCCCAGUGUCAUUCGUGCAGUGUGAAAAAUCUCAUCCCUCAAAUCACCCUCGUGGCUUCCGUUACCCGCAUCACUCUGCCAUAUCAUCGCCAAGAUGGACGUUCUGGAUCUGCCGUACGGGGUUGGCAUGCGCAUCCAGACGAACUGCCCUAUCGGUAGUCAAGAGUGUAGUAACAAGUCCGGUACUGUCAAUGGCUUUGUUAGUUGUUGCCCUCGGGAGUCCACAUGCUCAACGUCAAACGGUGUCUACUGCUGCCCGGACGAGAUGGAAGAAUCGGAAUGCAGAGAACUAGUCAUUGACGGAGCGCACUGCGCCAACGAAACGUGGUCCAUGUUCGCGUCGGGCCUCAAUGGCGGGCUCUUUUGCUGCGAGGCUCAGGAUAUUGGUUGGUGGGGCAAGCUCGGCGGAAACAAUGGGUAUGUCGGCUGCGGCCCGGAUGGACCCAGCGCUUCCAGUGAAUACAUCGUAACUCCUAUGGCCCAAAGUGAGUGCCCCUAAGUUGCUCAAACUGUGGCUGCGCAUGUUCGUUGGAAUCU